UGAACCAAACAUUAUCAGGAUGCCGAAGAGAACCGAAGCAAACCACAACACUGACCAUAAGCGUUUUCUGCUCGACAGUCUCAAUCAAGCGCAGUGUAACUUUGAUGUGAACUCGUUUUGCUCAUGGCGUAACGUGCACGGUCUUGAUGACUUUGAUUGGGUUUUGUAUGGAUCAUCAACACCCACGGACGACACGGGGCCAGACUUCGAUCAUACAACACGCAAUUCCUCUGGAUCGUACAUAUUCACAGAGUCAAGUGCUCCGCGAAAUUUGUUCGAUACAGCUUGGAUUAAAAGUCCUACGAUUGAGGUGACUUCAGACCCUGUGCAUUGCUUCCGGUUCUGGUACCACAUGUAUGGAUCUUCGAUAGGUCGACUUAACGUCUACCAAGUUACCAACGGUGGGUUACCUGGCAAGGUUGUUUGGUCUCUUACUGGCGAUCAAGGUAACUCGUGGAAAGAAGGACAAGUGCCACUUAAUUCCAAUCAAAGUUAUUCGAUUCUCCUAAGUGGGGUAAUAGGCAAUGGCUAUCAAGGUGACAUUGCUGUAGAUGACAUUAAUGUGUCGGUUGGUUAUUGCGAAGUCAAACCAUCCAGCGCCUCAAGGACUGACGUCACAAACACAACAACAACACCCGAUCCGCAAAUCAAUGCCACAGAGAUGACGCCGUUAAUCGUCGAUCCGACACAUCUCACAACGAAGUCAACCACUCAUAUGACGUCACAAACAACCACACACUUGAUGACAACGUCUACAACCACUAAGCCUUCCACAUCUACUUCGACCACUAAAGCAACGACAUUAACGCCUAAGACCACAACCAUCGUCACGACGACAUCAACCAAGUCAACUUUUGUGACGCAAACCAUCACAAAACCCCUUCCGACAACAACAACAAUGGACCCCGUGUUUAUAUCGUUUUGCGAGUAUAAACACAUCAUCGAAUGCCCAGACGAAGGUACUCCUGUUUGCGGCACUAACAGAAUAAAAUACUCUAACGAGUAAGUCAAAAACACAUCU